UGUAUAUUGAAGCGAUGAGGAAGGUAGCCUUAUGACGCGGCUACUUAUAAACCAUGGCAAUCAUCCCAGAUGGAACGUAUUACAUCAAAAGCCUUUUACCACCAGGAGACGAUGCCGUCAUGAAUUCUACAGGUCACGUAGCAAACGCAGGCUCCAUCGGUGUUCAUCGAUCGUCAUUACCCGCGGCGCUACCCUCAUUCAAGCAUACCAUAAGGUUUAGUCAGGACACAGGAGCAGAAUGGAAGAUCACACAUAUCACGAACUCCAUGUUUAGCAUCUCAUUACCGGAUGGCAGAUUGUGGGAACGGAGACCGUCCGAUCGUUUGACUCCAGUUUCCCAAGCUACAGCAUGGACUUUUGAAGAUCCGGAAAGGCCGGGUCACCGCAUUCCCCCACUUGAUGAGCCCAAAUAUAGCAAGUCAAAGGCAGACAUAAAUGCAGAUGCACAGCGGCGAGCUCAGGACUAUCUCAGAUCGGGCGGAAUAGAUCAUAGUGCCGAACCUGUCGCUUCGUAAGGGGUUUUUGACUUGUGACCUCAAUCAAGGAUACGAUGAACUCAUUAACGGGUUUAGUAUGAGACGGAUGUUCUUCAAGAACAGGGGGACAGGGGAUAGGAUCACGUUCGAGAAAGGAGAGCAUAAUGGAAUAGCCGUCUCGAGUUCCGAACCAACUGCAGCGGACUACGAUACCAGGAGUGGGAAGUUGAGCUCGUGGGUGAUAAUUAUCGAAUUCGGAAUCCUAAGUCAGAGAGAUAUAUCCUGUC